GCCGUCCCAAUGCCUAACCCAUGACUCCCUCCUCCCCGUCGCUCCGCCGCCUUCUCUUCUGCCGUCGCCACCCCCUCACUACGCACCACCGUCUCCGCUGCCGCCACAGCCUCUCCGCCUCCUCAGCGGGCGCCGCCGCCACCCCAGCUCCAUCCCGCGACCGCGCCGCGCGCCUCGCCACCGCCGUCCACGGCGCGGCCGCGGCCAAGAGCUUCGCGCACGCUAUCCGUUUGACGAAAUCCCUCGUCCAGGCCUCCUCUUCCUGCCCCGGACGAAGCCCCGCCUCCACCACCCCCACCGCCGCCGGAGCAGCCUUCGCCGCUCUCGCCUCCACCUCCACCUCCCCGGCCCCAGCACUGGGCGUGCUCGUCAUCGCCCUCUGCCAGAUGCGGCUGCUCGACGAGGCGCUGUUCGUGUUCCGCCGCCUUCGGACGCUGCCGGAGCUACCUGCGUGCAACGCGAUUCUGGACGGGCUCGUCAAAGCCCGCAGGCUCGGGUGCGCCUGGGAGUUGUUCGACGAAAUGCUUAGCCGGGGGAUGGUGCCAAGUGUGGUGACGUACAAUACGCUCAUCAACGCGUGCCGGCAUCAGGGUGCUGUGGCGAAGGCUCAGGAGGUGUGGGAUCAGAUGGUGGCGAGGCGGAUUGAUCCGAAUGUGGUCACAUACACGACAAUGAUAUGUGUGCUUUGUGAAGAGGGCUCCAUUGGUGAUGCUGAGCAGGUGUUUGACGCUAUGAAGGAAGCAGGGAUGCAGCCUAAUCUGUACACAUACAAUGUGCUGAUGAGCAGCCAUUGUCAGAUACAAGAUGUCAACCGUGCAUUUAUGCUGUACCAGGAACUACUGAAGAGUGGCCUCGUCCCAAAUGCUAUUAUCUUUACAACCCUGAUUGAUGGUUUCUGCAAGGCGAUGAGGUUCAGUGAAGCAAAGGAGAUGUUUCUUGACAUGCCCAGGUUUGGGGUUGCUCCUACAGUUCCUGUGUUUAACAGUUUGAUGGAUGGAGCUUUCAAAUCUGGAAAUGCACGAGAAGCAUUAGCAGUUUAUCAGGAGAUGACUCACCUAGGGUUGUGCCCAGAUGAGUUCACCUGCAGCAUAGUUGUGAGAGGCCUUUGUGACGGAGGGCAAAUUCAAGUAGCGGCCAGGUUCCUUGAAGGAGUGAGGCAAUCUGGUGCUAAUCUGAAUGCAGCUGCUUACAAUGCACUGAUUGAUGAGUACUGCAAGAAUGGGAAUUUGGAGGAAGCACUAGCAACAUGCACAAGAAUGACUGAGGUUGGAAUUGAUCCCAAUGUGGUGUCAUACUCCUCCUUGAUAGAUGGGCAUUCAAAGGUAGGGAAUACGCAAAUAGCAAUGGCUAUAUACACUGAAAUGGUGGCUAAGGGGAUUGAGCCUAAUGUGGUUACAUACACCGCUCUUAUUUGUGGCCAUGCCAAGAAUGGUGGCAUAGAUGCUGCUUUUCGUUUGCAUAAGGAGAUGAUAGAGAAAGGUAUUUCACCUAAUGCUAUUACAGUGUCAGUUCUUGCUGAUGGUCUGUGCAGAGAGAAUCGGGUUCAGGAUGCGGUCAGGUUUGUGAUGGAGUACUCAGGGAUGAAGUACAGUGAUCUUCAUUCUUUCUUCUCAAACUCUACGACUGAAGAAGACCAUUUGAUUCCAAACUGUGUGAUAUAUAUGACAUUGAUAUAUGGACUCUACAUAGAUAGCCAACACUGCGAAGCUGGUAAGCUCUUCUCUUAUAUGAGAAAGUCAGGUAUGGUGCCUGAUAGCUUUACCUAUACACUACUGAUUCGUGGGCAGUGCAUGCUUGGCUAUGUCUUAAAUGCCAUGAUGCUCUAUGCUGAUAUGGUGAAGAUUGGUGUCAAACCAAUGAGGUACAAGACAGUCUGCCCUGAGAUUUGGUCACGGGUACCACUGAAUGACACCAGAACUUUUGCAAGUUAGGAAUCAGCUUUCAACUAAGAUUCAAGCCUCAUCUCUAUCUGUCCUACUGCAGCCUACAGACGAUCAUGUGGAUGAAAAUAUCACGUUGUUAUUAAGAGUAAAUUUGGUGGAGUUUUAUGCUUGCCUAGCCUAACACCUAAAUAUGAGAACUCAGGGGAAAUAGCUGAUGUUGGCCGUGGAGCCGUACAGAAGGUGCUGGUUGCAAACUGACAUGCCGACCAUGUGCCCAUGUUUAGUUAGGCUAUGGAGUAGCAAAUCCUCAAAAAAAAAUUAGCAUUGAGGUGUUCACAAUUUCAGGAACUAUCCAAAGUCACUUUAAUUGAUGGUUGACAGGAAGGAAAACAAUGAAUAUCUGCAGCAGAUGCACACUAUCUGAAGUCUCAGGCAACCAUCCAACAUGCGUGCAGCCUCAAGACGUGGAGAUUUGCUAGUUGAAAGCCACUACUCCAGAAGCUGAAGGCUGGAGUGAAAGGAUUGUGAUAUUGCCUAGAGGGGGGCUUGAAUAGCCGUAUCUAUAAAUUUUCACUUCAACGGAUAAAAUUUACUGCCUGGUAAAUCUGGAACUUCCAGAUUAGCAAAUCCGGAACUUCCGAAUUUGAGUAGGGCAGUAGAUAAAUUCGGAACUUCCGGAUUCUACAAAACGGAACUUCCGAGUUCACACAGAGUAGAGUUAAGACAGUAAAUCUAGUGCGAGUAAAUGGAUACAAGAUCAAACCCCGUUAGAACUAGAGUAGGUUAAGUGGAGUUUCUAGAGCAGCUCCAUACAAUACUUGUAAUUAAAAAAUAACAAUCUCUUAAAGAACACAAAUGUUCAAUGGAGAGCUCCUCAAAUCCACAAGGUUAAAUCGAACACAAUUGACAUAAUUUUG